GGAUCACGCGCUGCAGGAUGGCGGCGGCCGCGCGGGUUCCAGGCUGGGUAUUGAGGCCGGUUCUGCUGCUCCUGCUGCUGCCGCCCGCCGUGAACCCCGCUCGGGAACCCCGGACCGCGGCCCGGCUCAGCCUGCACCCGCCCUACUUCAACCUGGCGGAGGCGGCGAGGAUUUGGGCCACCGCCACCUGCGGAGAGCGGGAGCCCGGCGGCGCGCGGCCCGAGCUCUACUGCAAGUUGGUGGGGGGGCCCACCGCCGCGGUUAGCGGCCACACCAUCCAGGGCCAAUUCUGUGACUACUGCAAUUCUGAGGACCCCAGGAGAGCACAUCCUGUCACCAACGCAAUUGACGGAUCCGAGCAAUGGUGGCAAAGCCCUCCUCUGUCCUCAGGCACACAGUACAACAAAGUCAAUGUCACCUUGGAUCUGGGGCAGCUUUUCCAUGUGGCCUAUCUUAUCAUCAAAUUUGCAAAUUCUCCUCGCCCUGAUCUUUGGGUCUUGGAAAGAUCAGUAGACUUUGGAAGCACCUACUCACCCUGGCAAUAUUUUGCUCACUCUAAAGUAGAUUGUUUGGAACAAUUUGGGCAAGAGGCAAAUAUGGCUAUCACCCAAGAUGAUGAUGUACUUUGUACUACUGAAUAUUCCCGGAUUGUACCUUUGGAAAAUGGUGAGGUUGUGGUGUCCUUGAUAAAUGGUCGACCAGGUGCAAAAAAUUUCACCUUCUCUCACACCCUGAUGGAGUUCACUAAGGCUACAAACAUCCGCCUGUGUUUUCUGCGAACCAAUACCCUUCUUGGACACCUCAUCUCCAAAGCACAGAGAGAUCCAACGGUUACUCGGCGGUAUUAUUACAGCAUAAAGGAUAUCAGCAUCGGUGGGAGGUGUGUUUGCAAUGGCCAUGCCCAAGACUGCAAUGCAAACAAUCCUGAAAAAUUGUUUCAGUGUGAGUGCCAGCACCAUACCUGUGGGAAGACGUGUGACCGCUGUUGUGCUGGGUACCACCAGAGGCGCUGGCGACCCGCCACGUGGGAACAGAGCAAUGAGUGUGAAGCAUGCAACUGCCAUGGUCAUGCCCUUGACUGUUACUAUGACCCAGAUGUUGAGAGGCAGCAGGCCAGCUUGAAUAUCUACGGCAUCUAUGCAGGUGGAGGGGUCUGCAUUAAUUGUCAGCAUAACACAGCUGGUAUAAACUGUGAAAACUGUGCUAAAGGUUAUUACCGCCCUUAUGGUGUUCCAGUCGAUGCCCCCCACGGCUGCAUCCCUUGCAGCUGUAACCCCGCACACGCGGAUGACUGUGAGCCGGGCUCAGGCCGCUGCACUUGCAAGCCGAAUUUCCAAGGAGACAACUGUGAGAAGUGUGCCGUUGGAUACUAUCACUUCCCCUUCUGCCUGAGAAUUCCCAUUUUCCCCAUUUCUACUCCAAGUCCUGAAGAUCCAGUAGCUGGAGAUAUAAAAGGGUGUGACUGUGACUUAGAAGGCGUUCUCCCCGAAAUAUGUGAUUCCUAUGGAAGGUGCCUUUGCCGCCCUGGAGUCGAGGGCCGUCGGUGUGAUGCCUGCCGCUUGGGUUUCUACUCAUUCCCUAUUUGCCAAGCCUGCCAGUGUUCGGCCCUUGGCUCCUACCAGACGCCCUGCAACCCGGUGAUGGGACAGUGUGAAUGCCUUCCAGGGGUUACAGGACAGCGAUGUGACAGGUGUCUCUCAGGAGCCUAUGAUUUCCCUCACUGCCAAGACUUCACAGGUCGCUGUGACCCAGCCGGUACCCUGGACUCCAAUUUGGGAUAUUGCCAAUGCAAGGCUCAUGUGGAAAGUCCUUCUUGUAGCAUCUGCAAACCAUUAUAUUGGAAUCUGGCCAAAGAAAACCCCAAUGGAUGUUCAGAAUGCCAGUGCCACGUGGCGGGAACAGUGAGCGGAAUCGGAGAGUGUGGACAGCAAGAUGGUGACUGUCACUGCAAGUCCCACGUCAGUGGCGAUUCCUGUGACACGUGUGAAGAUGGGUAUUUUGCUUUGGAAAAGAGCAAUUACUUUGGGUGUCAAGGGUGUCAGUGUGAUGUUGGUGGAGCCAUCAGCCCCCUGUGCAGCGGACCCUCGGGAGGAUGCCGUUGCCGAGAGCAUGUCGUGGGGACGGCGUGCCAGCGCCCUGAGAACAACUACUAUUUCCCGGAUUUACAUCAUAUGAAGUAUGAGAUUGAAGAUGGUACCACACCUAAUGGAAGAGAACUUAGGUUUGGAUUUGAUCCCCUGGAGUUCCCUGAGUUCAGUUGGAGAGGAUAUGCUCAGAUGACCUUGGUGCAGAAUGAAGUGAGGAUCAUGCUUAAUGUGGGGAAGUCAAGUCACUCUUUGUUUCGUGUUAUUCUGAAAUACGUUAACCCUGGAACAGAAGCCAUAUCUGGUCGUGUGACAAUUUAUCCAUACCGGGCUGAAACAGGAGCUGCUCAAAGCAAAGAAGUCAUCUUCCUGCCGAGAAAGGAGCCAGCCUUUGUCACCGUCCCAGGAAAUGGUGUGGCAGAACAAUUUUCAAUUACACCAGGGACAUGGAUUGCUUGUAUCAAAUCAGAGGGAGUCCUCCUGGACUACCUGGUCCUGCUUCCCAGAGACUACUAUGAGGCCUCCUCCCUGCAACUGCCAGUCACCCAGCCGUGCGCCGACUCAGGACUACUCCAAGAAAAUUGCUUGUUCUACCAGCAUUUGCCAGUGACCCGAUUCCCCUGUGCCCUGGCUUGUGAGGCCAGACACUUCCUGCUUGAUGGGGAGCCAAGAGCCUUGGCAGUGAGGCAGCCCACCCCCGCACACCCAGUCAUGGCGGACCUCAGCGGGAGAGAGGUGGAGCUGCACCUGCGGCUGCGGGUCCCACAGGUCGGCAACUACGUGGUCAUGCUCCAGUAUUCCACGGAAGUAGACCAGUUGUCCGUUGUUGAUGUGCACAUGGAGAGCUCGGGGUCUGUCCUGGUAGGCCAGGUGAACAUCUACAGCUGCAAGUACAGUGUCCUCUGCCGGAGUGUUGUAACUGAUGGCAGGAGUCGCCUCGCCGUCUAUGAGCUGUUGACAGAUGUGGGCAUUCGGCUCAGAGCACGCAGGGCUCGAUUCCUUCUGCAUCAAAUUUGUAUCAUACCCAUUGAAGAAUUCUCUAUUGAAUAUUUGAGACCUCAAGUCAAAUGCAUUGCCAGUUACGGGGGUUAUGUUAAUCAAAGUGCCUCUUGUGUCUCUCUGGUCCCUGAAACUCCUCCAACAGCCUUGAUUUUGGAUGUCCCAAGGGGUGAGUCUUCCCCUUUCCUGCCCCAGGAUCCUCUGCCUUCUGCUGAUGUUACUGGAGUCAUCUUGAAGGCGCCACAGAAUCAAGUGACCCUGCGAGGACUUGUACCACGACUAGGCCGAUAUGUCAUUGUCAUCCAUUUUUAUCAACCAGCACACCCAGCAUUUCCCACACAAGUCUUUGUGGAUGGAGGGCGGCUGUGGCCUGGUGUCUUCCGUGCCUCUUUUUGCCCCCAUGUGCUUGGCUGCCGGGACCAAGUCAUUGCUAAAGAUCAAGUUGAGUUGGACAUCUCCAAGCCAGAGGUGGCUGUGACUGUGAAGGUUCCAGAAGGAAAGUCCCUAGUAUUGGUCCGUGUUCUAGUGGUGCCUGCCGAGGAUUACGACUACCAAAUACUUCACAAAAAAUCAGUGGACAAGUCAUUUGAGUUUAUCAACAGUUGUGGAAGAAACAGUUUUUAUAUUGACCCCCAGACAGCCUCUGGAUUCUGUAAGAACUCCUCCAGGUCCCUGGUGGCCCUCUACCACAAGGGAGCACUGCCUUGUGAGUGCCACCCCACCGGGGCCAUUGGCCAUCACUGCAGCCCAGAGGGUGGGCAGUGCCCAUGCCGGCCCAAUGUCAUUGGGCGGCAGUGUACCCGCUGUCGAACGGGCUACUAUGGAUUCCCACAUUGCAAACCUUGCAAGUGUGGCCCACGCCUCUGUGAAGAGAUGACAGGGAAGUGCCUCUGCCCUCCCCGCACCGUCAGGCCCCAGUGUGAGGCGUGUGACAUGCAUUCCUUCAGCUUCCACCCCCUGGCUGGCUGUGAAGGUUGCAACUGUUCCAGGAGAGGCACAGUUGGGGUCACCACCCCAGAGUGCGACAGGGACCACGGGCAGUGCAGGUGCAAGCCCAGAGUCACAGGGCGGCAGUGUGACCGGUGCGCUUCUGGGUUUUAUCACUUCCCCGAGUGCCUUCCCUGCCCCUGCAACAGGGAUGGGACUGAGCCAGGAGUCUGUGACCCAGUGACCGGAGCUUGCCUCUGCAAGGAGAAUGUGGCGGGUACAGAAUGUAAUGUGUGUCGAGAAGGAUCGUUCUACUUGGACCCAGCAAAUCCCAAGGGCUGUACCCUCUGCUUCUGUUUUGGAAUAAGUAAUUGUUGUCACAGUACACAUAAAAGAAGAGCUAAGUUUGUGGAUAUGAUGGGUUGGCGCCUGGAGACAGCGGACGGAACAGACAUCCCUGUCUCCUUCAACCCGGGCAGCAGCAGCGUGGUCGCAGACCUCCAGGAGCUGCCCUCCACAGUCCACAGUGCGUCCUGGGUCGCACCUCUUUCCUACCUGGGAGACAAGGUUUCUUCAUACGGAGGCUACCUCACCUACCAAAUCAAGUCCUUUGGCCUGCCUGGUGACAUGGUUCUUCUGGAAAAGAUGCCAGAUGUACAGUUCACUGGUCAGCACAUGUCCAUCGUCUACAAGGAACCAAGUAACCCACGACCUGACCGGCUGUAUCAUGUGCGUGUGCAGGUGGUGGAGAGAAACUUCAGACACGCCAGCAGCGGCGGCCCGGUGACCCGGGAAGAGCUGAUGAUGGUUCUGUCCAGCCUGGAAGACAUGCGCCUCCGAGGCCUCUACUUCACCGAGACGCAGCGGCUCUCUCUGAGCGGGGUGGGGCUGGAAGAGGCCUCGGACACAGGAAGUGGGCGCAGAGCACACAACGUUGAGAUGUGUGCCUGCCCCCCUCACUACACUGGUGACUCAUGCCAGGGUUGUAGCCCCGGAUACUAUUGGGAUAACGAAGGCCCGUAUAGACGAUGUGUUCCCUGCAAUUGCAACGGACAUUCCAGUCGAUGUCAGGAUGGCUCGGGAAUAUGUAUCAACUGCCAGCACAACACUGCGGGAGAACACUGUGAGCGCUGCAAGGAGGGUCACUAUGGGAACGCCGUCCAGGGAUCCUGUAGCGUCUGCCCGUGUCCUCACUCAAACAGCUUUGCCACUGGCUGUGUUGUGAAUGGGGGAAACGUAAGAUGCUUCUGCAAACCCGGAUACACAGGCACACAGUGCGAAAGGUGUGCACCAGGAUAUUUUGGGAAUCCCCAGAAGCUUGGAGGUAGCUGCCAACCAUGCAAUUGUAACAGCAAUGGCCAUCCGGGCAGUUGUCAUCCCCUGACUGGAGACUGCCUAAACCAAGAGCCCAAAGAUGGUGGCCCUGGAGAAGAAUGUGAUGACUGUGACAGCUGUGUGAUGACACUCUUGAACGACCUGGCCGCCAUGGGCAAUGAGCUCCACCUGGUCAAGUCUCAGCUGCACGGCCUGAGCACCAGCACCGGGUCUCUGGAGCAGAUGAAGCACUUGGAGACCCAGAUCAAGGACCUGAGGAAUCAGUUACUCACCUACCGGUCUGCCACUUCAAAUCACGGAUUAAAAAUGGAUGGUCUAGAAAAGGAACUGGGUAGUUUGAAUCAUGAAUUUGAAACUUUGCAAGAAAAGGUUCAAGUAAAUUCCAGAAAAGCACAAGCAUUACAUAACAAUGUCGAUCGGACUAUCCAAAGUGCGAAAGAGCUGGACACAAAGAUUAAAAAUGUCAUCCAGAAUGUGCACAUUCUCUUGAAGCAGAUCUCUGGGACCAGUGGGGAUGGCAACAACCUGCCUCCAGGGGAUUUUUCCAGAGAGUGGGCUGAAGCAGAGCGCAUGAUGAGAGAGCUACGGAACCGCGACUUUGGAAAGCAACUGAAAAAAGCAGAAGCUGAUAAAAGAGAGGCUCGGCUCUUGCUGACUCGGAUUAAGAGCUGGCUGGAACAGCACCAAGGCGAGAACAGCGCCCUUGUUAAGAGUCUACAGGAUUCUUUGCAUGACUAUGAAGCCAAACUCAGCAACCUCCAUGCAAUGCUACAGAAGGCAGCUGCCCAAGCAAAGCAGGCCACUGGCCUCAACCGAGAAAACGAGAAAGCUUUGGAAUCCAUCAAGACACAAAUCCAAGAAAUGAAUUCCCUGCGGAGUGAUUUGUCCAAGUACCUAGCCAUGGCGGACUCUUCCUUACUGCAGACCAACGUGCUCUUGCAGCAGAUGGGGGAAAGCCAGGAGGAAUACGAAAAGUUAGCUGCCACUAUAAAGGAAGAAAGACACAGGCUAAGUGACAAAGUGAGAGAACUCUCCCGGUCCACCAGCAAAGCGUCCCUGGUGGCGGAGGCAGAAGCGCAUGCGCAGUCUUUGCAAGAGCUGGCGAAGCAGCUGGAGGAGAUCAAGAGGAACACCAGCGGGAAUGAGCUGGUGCGCUGUGCAGUGGACGCCGCCACGGCCUAUGAGAACAUUCUCAACGCCAUCAAAGCGGCUGAGGACGCCGCCAACAAGGCCACCAGCGCGUCCGAGUCUGCGCUCCAGACAGUGAUAAAGGAAGAUCUUCCUGGAAAAGCGAAAACCCUGAGUUCUGACAGUGAUAAACUCUUGAAGCAAGCCAAGAUAACAGAGAAGCAGCUGCGGCAAGAAAUCAGCCCUGCUCUCAACAACCUUCAACAGACUCUGAAAGUUAUAACAGUUCAGAAAGGGUUGAUUGACACCAAUAUCACUGCCAUUCAUGAUGACCUUCGUGGGAUACAGAGAGAUGACAUCAGUGGUAUGAUCAGUAGUGCAAAGAGCAUGGUCAGAAAUGCCAAUGACAUCACAAAUGAGGUGCUAGAUGGGCUCGGCCCCAUUCAGACAGAUGUGACAAGAAUUAAAGAUACGUAUGGGAGCACACAGCGUGAAGACUUCAACAAGGCUCUCACCGAUGCGGAUAACUCAGUAAGGAAAUUAACCAAUAAACUGCCUGAUCUUUUGAGCAAGAUUGAAAGUAUCAACCAACAGCUCUUGCCACUAGGCAACAUCUCUGAUAAUGUGGACCGUAUCCGGGAGCUAAUUCAGCAGGCCAGAGAUGCUGCAAAUAAGGUCGCUAUCCCCAUGAGGUUCAAUGGUAAAUCUGGAGUUGAAGUCCGGGUGCCAGAUGACCUAGAAGACUUGAAAGGAUACACCUCUCUUUCUUUGUUUCUCCAAAGACCUGACUCAAGAGAAUAUGGGAGGACGGAGAAUAUGUUUGUGAUGUACCUCGGAAAUAAAGAUGCCUCCAAGGACUACAUUGGCAUGGCAGUUAUAGACGGCAAGCUCUCGUGUGUCUACAACCUGGGAGAACAGGAGUCAGAACUCCAGGUGGACCAGAGCGUGACCAAGAGCGAAACUCAGGAGGCAGUUAUGGACCGGGUGAAAUUUCAGAGAAUUUAUCAGUUUGCAAGUCUAAAUUACACGAAAAAAGCCACAGCCAUUAAACCCGGAACAUCCCAAUUCCAUGAAAUGGGUGGUGGAAGCAGCCACACGCUCCUCAAUCUAGAUCCUGAAAAUGUUGUAUUUUAUGUUGGAGGUUACCCACCUGACUUCAGACUUCCUGCUAGACUGAGGUUCCCUCCAUACAAAGGUUGUAUUGAGUUAGAUGACCUCAACGAAAAUGUUCUGAGCUUGUACAACUUCAAACAAACUUUCAAUCUCAACACAACGGAAGUAGAGCCUUGUAGAAGGAGAAAGGAAGAGUCAGACAGAAAUUACUUUGAAGGUACAGGCUAUGCUCGAGUUCCGACUCAACCAAAUGCUCCCAUCCCAACCUUUGGACAGGUGAUUCAGACCACCAUGGAUAGAGGACUGCUGUUCUUUGCAGAAAACAAGGAUCACUUCAUAUCUCUAGAUAUAGAAGAUGGCAAGCUCCUGGUGCGAUACAAACUGAAUUCAGAGCCACCGAAAGAAAAAGAAGUUACACAGGUUGUCAACAAUGGAAAAGACCAUUCGAUACAGAUCAUAAUUGGAAAAGCCCAAAAAGUUAUGAGGAUAAAUGUGGAUUUGGUUGGGAGCCUAAUUCACGGUGACAUAUUUGAUUUCAGCACAUAUUAUCUGGGAGGAAUUCCAAUUUCAAUCAGGGAAAGGUUUAACAUUUCUACACCUGCUUUCCGAGGCUGCAUGAAAAAUCUGAAGAAAACCAGUGGUGUUGUUAGGUUGAAUGACACUGUGGGAGUCACCAAAAAAUGCUCGGAAGACUGGAAGCUCGUGCGGUCUGCCUCAUUCUCCAGGGGUGGACAGUUGAGGUUCACCGAUUUGGACCUCCCUUUGCCCAACGAAUUCCAGGCCUCCUUUGGGUUUCAGACCUUUCAACCCAGUGGCAUGUUAUUUAAUCUCCAGGCACAGACCCGGAACCUGCAGAUCUCCCUGGAAGAUGGUCACAUUGAACUCAACACCAGGGAUAGCAACAGACCGAUUUUUAAAUCUCCACAGACAUACACGGAUGGUUCACUGCAUUACGUAUCUGUGAUAAGUGACAACUCUGGACUCCGGCUUCUCAUUGACGACCAGACUCUGAAAAGCAGCCAAAGGCUACAAGACUUGUCGGGUUCCCAGCAUCCCCUGUAUCUGGGCGGGAGUCAGUUCGAGGGUUGUAUCAGCAACGUUUUCAUCCGGAGGCAAUUAGAGAGUCCUGCGGUGCUGGACUUGACCAGUAAAACUUUCAAGAGAGACGUGUCCCUGGGAGGCUGCAGUUUAAACCCACCGCCUUUCCUCCUGUUGCUUAGAGGUGCUACAAGGCUUAACAAAUCCCACACUUUCAAUAUCAACCAGCCAUUGCAGGACACACCAGUGGUCUCCCCACGGAGAAUGGAGAUAUGGCAAGAGGCCCAGUCUUGCCUACCACCUCCUGGGGCCCAGGCCAGUCAUGGAGCCCUCAGGUUUGGGGACAGGCCCACCAGCCACUUGCUGUUCACGAUUCCCCAGGAGUCGGUGACAACCAGGUCACGGUUUGCGGUGGACGUGCAGACGGCUUCUUCCAGAGGCCUCGUGUUCUUCACGGGCACUCAGAACUCCUACAUGGCUCUUUAUCUCUCAAAGGGACGGCUGGUCUUUGCCUUGGGGACAGAUGGGAAGAAACUGAAGCUCAAAAGCAAGGAGAAAUGCAACAAUGGGCAGUGGCACACGGUGGUGUUUGGGCAGGAUGGAGAGAAGGGGCACUUGGUUGUGGAUGGUCUGAGGGCCCGGGAGGGAAGUUUGCCUGGAAAUUCCACCGUCAGCCUCAGAGCACCCGUUUACCUGGGAUCCUCUCCCUCCGGGAAGCCAAAGAGUCUCCCCCAAAACAGCUUUGUGGGAUGCCUGAGGAACUUUCAGUUGGAUCAGAAACCCCUGGACACCCCUUCUCUGAGCGUUGGUGUGUCCCCCUGCUUGGGUGGCUCUUUGGAGAAAGGCAUUUUUUUCUCCCAGGAGGGAGGACAUGUCGUCCUAGCUAACUCUGUGCUGUUGGGGCCCGAAUUUAAGCUGGUCUUCAGCAUUCGCCCAAGAAGCCUUACUGGCAUCCUAAUACAUGUCGGGAGUCGGCCGGGGAGGCACUUAUGUGUUUACCUGGAGGCUGGAAAGGUCACAGCCUCUGUGGACAGUGAAGCAGGGGGCAUCUUGGCAUCGGUCACACCAAAGCGGUCUCUGUGUGAUGGACGGUGGCACUCCGUGACAGUCACCAUCAAACAGCACAUCCUGCACCUGGAGCUGGACGCAGAGAACAGCUACACAGCUGGACGGCUCCCCUUCCCACCUGCCGACACUCGAGAGCCAUUACACAUUGGAGGUGUCCCAGCUGGUUUGAAGACCGUGAAGCUCCCAGUGUGGGAAUCAUUUUUUGGCUGUCUAAAGAACAUUCAAGUCAACCACGUUCCUGUCCCUGUCACGGAAGCCCUGGACAUCCAGGGGACUGUCAAUCUGAGUGGCUGUCCUCACCACUAACUCAAACCCAUCACACAACAAGGGAAGCCAUGCACUAGACCUCCAAGAGCACAGCCCCCCAACACACCUCCUUCUCUCCCCACAGGAUCAUUCUUGACUUAAGACACCUUCUAGAUGAGGUUGCUAGCAAGUCUCAUUUUGAAUUCUGACCACACGUACUCAUCAUUUUGGCACUCAGUGCCCCAUGUGUAUUUUAUAUAAAAAUCCCGUUUCUCGAAGAUGUCGAACAAAUUGUUACAUGCCUUUGGUAAUCUCUUCCACUAAAAAUGAAAUGUCUUUUAAAGAACAUUAUCUUCCACCUGGUUAAAAAAAAUAAAUAUCUUUUAAAGCACUUUAAAAAAACACCAAAAUUGUACAUGUGUUAAGGGCUUAUAACUUAUGGGGUUAAAUAAAGGCAGUGUAUUCUUUAAAUGA